AUGGAUCACUGGCAGAAUACUGCCUUUCAUCCAGACCCGUUCACAGGUUCUGUCAGCCCAAGCUUCGGUCUUCCUUUCGUGGGACCCGGGACUGCUGUGGAUCUUGGUCUUGCCACUGCCAAAUCAGCCGGUCUAGACAACCUCUUCGAGGACAGCUUCUCCGGCACGACAGCGACAAGCAAUUCCAACUGGCCUUUGCUGAGAUCGGAGAAGCUGAAGCUCGAUCGAUCAAUGUCAAUGAUUGAGCCGUCGCUCGUCCGUGGACUCAUCGACGGUUACUAUUUUCCGAUCCUCCAUUCACUGUAUCCCGUGGUGGAUCGGUCGCAAGUCGAAUUCCAUGUCCCACAGAUCAAACACCUCCCUCUGAAGAAACAGCUGUUUGUCGGCCUGACUGCUGCAAUUGCUGCCGCUCACCAGGGUCGAGGCGACCCAUCAAUGGGCGCUACGGCCCUCAGCCUCCGCACUUGGGCCGACGACCUGAUCCCCAGUGUUCUUGCACAGCAGGAUGACGACUCGUUGCAGACGAUGAUUCUACUUAUCUUCUACGAAUUGAUUGAUCCCAGACGCAAACUGAUCUGGUACCUCUUGGGGUUGACAUGUCGAAUGUGCGUCAGACUUCGCUGGCACCGAGAAGACGAAUCCGUCGUGUCUUCUACCGCUGAACAGGACUUGGCCAACCACCUGGCCCGGUAUCCGUCGCCUUGGAGACGGAGACUCUUCCGGAUAGUCUAUGAAUGGGAACGGUUGGUUUGUGUCGCCCUGCAACGACCAUCCAUUUUCUCCCAUGAUCUGGUGGACAUGAGCUUCGUCUCAGAGGUCAGCGGCUGCACCAGCACCAGCAGCAACACCAGCAUUCUUCGAACUCUACAUACAGAGUUGGCCUUGCGACAAAAGAUCCGGGAUUGUUCAACAGACGCGUGUAUGCUGGACUGUCAGUUUGUGUCGUUUGUCCAUGAGAAUGUACCGCCACCAUCACCACCAGGCUCGGAAGGAGGAAGUGUCACCAGUGAUAUCUUGUGGCUCACCAUCUACCUCACAACACAAUAUACUUGGGUGCACAGUAGCAUUCACGAGCAAUAUAAAAUCCAAUGGACAGACAAGAUCCUGCGAGCGGCCAUGUCGCGCAUCAGUGCACUGUUUGCGGCCCAGCGGGGUGGACGCAUUGUGAGUAUCUGGCUUAGUACGAUCGAAGUGUUCACCGUUGGAACCACCAUCCUCGACAUUUUGUUGCGUCAGCGUCAGCGUCGACGCGAUGCAGCAGCGACAGCGACAGCGACGGCAAAAUUCACCGAUGCGAGUCUUGAUCGACAAUGGUCGCAGUCGUUGAGGAGAGCAUCGAGCCUCCUGGCUGGAUUUUCUGAGCUUUGGGAAGGCGCCAGGGUGUACCGGGAUGUCUUUGAUGCCGUUUCCGAUCGGGUCUUUGCUGAGCUUGAAGCGUAA